GUUUUCUGCGUGUCAACAGCACAGAUUUCCACGCGUAGGGUGAAUCAGUGCGCGUACAUUCACAGUGAUCGUAGAAAUGCGCAAUUACGCGCGGCGACGGCUGGCGAGCUGGAAAAUCCCACUGGAAUGACAAAUCCUGUUUUUGGAUAAUUUGUUUGUUUUUUUGGAUAAACUAACGGAUUAUCUGAAAGUGAACAUAAAAUGACAGUCAUGCUGCAUUUAGUCUGCCUCUUGUGGGUCGUCGACAUAUCUGAUGCAGUUAUGGAUCUCACCAUGACCUCUAACGGGGCCACAUCUCCUCAUAAUUUCCGCCUCUCCUGCAUUUCUGGAGAGCGUGACACAGAUGGGAUUCAGCUGAGCAUCACAAAGGACAACAGCAUUGUGCUUCGUGCAGAUUCGCCACGUUUUGAUGUGCAGAGCCCACAGACUAAAGAAGUGGUGGCUACUGGAUUUAUAGGCUUUGACCACAGUGGGAUUUUCUACUGUCACUCAAAAAGGGGCUCUGACCAACCUGGCAGUGUUACUCUCAUCAACAACUACAGCAAAGGUAACUUUAAACCAGUGAGGGUCACGCUGACGGCCAGUAAAGGAGACGAAGUGAAACUAAUCAUGGACGUUGUUGGGACAGAAAGACGAGACAUUACUUGGAAAUUCAAUGGUAACUACUACUACAUGACUCCUAUUGCUGAUGUUCAAAACUGCACAGCAGUUCUGGAUCUGAUGAAAGUUGAUGAAAACAAUGCAGGGAUUUACAGUGUCAGCUACGUUGGGGACAGUGCUCUUUAUAGUGCCUGGAUCCGCCUCAUCGUUCGUGAAUGUCCAAAGAAUAAAUGGGGCUCCGACUGUGACAAAGACUGUCCCGAAUGCUUGAAUGGAGGCGUGUGCCAUGACAAAGAUGGAGAUUGUGUUUGCCCACCGGGGUUUAUGGGAAUGCGCUGUGAGACAGCCUGUCGAGAAGGAAUGUUUGGUAGGAACUGCCAGGAAUCCUGUAAGUCGGAGAAUGGAUGCCAGGGCUUGAGUUUCUGUCUCACGGAUCCUUACGGCUGUUCUUGUGCCAGCGGCUGGCAUGGAGAUCGCUGUAAUAAACCCUGUCUUGAAGGAAUGUACGGCGCUGACUGUCUUUUAAGUUGCAACUGCAAGAACAAAGGCAAAUGCAAUCGAUUCAGUGGCUGCCAAUGUCCUACAGGCUGGAGAGGGCAAUACUGUGAGAAAUCAGAUCGUGCACCAGAGAUUUUGGACAUGGCCAGUAACCUGGAGGGAAACUUGAACUCCAGCCACAAGAUCACAUGUUCUGCAACAGGCCUUCCACUGCCUAGCCAUAUGAGUAUUGAGCUACGCAAGCUGGAAAGCACCGUUCUUAAGGCAUCCCACACUACCAUGGACUCCAAAAAAAGCACAGCUCACUUUGAGAUCCCAUACGGACAGCAUCUGAUUGCGUAUUCUGUGUCGCUAGAGCCCACGGCCAGGCCGGAGAUUGAUUCCUGCUCAUUGGAGGGCCGUAAUGCCACCAUCAGGUGGUCCCUGAUUGGUACGUCCCGAGAAGCCACUGGCUUUUUAGUACAGCUCAACGGACCACAUGGAGAGAAGCUGCAGGAGGAAACCACCUUCCUUAAUGUACUCUCCAUCAAGCUCUACAAUCUGGAGUAUCACAGGGACUACCAAGUGGUCGUCAGGCUGAUAAACUGUGGCAGCCAUGGGCCCCCUUCAAAGCCCCACCAUGUUCACAUCUAUAAGCAGGGUCCUUCUUCUCCCAGGAACGUCCAGGCAGAUGCUCUGUCCAUCAAUGCAGUCAGGCUUCACUGGCAGCCACCUGAGGACCCCAAUGGAGGCAUUGUGAAAUACAGUAUUGAAUACCAGCCAGUGGGCCAGAGCAGCUUUCACCCUUGGGUGGACACAGACGAUGGCAACAAAACCAUGAAGGAUGUGACAUACCUCAAUGGGAGCACAUUAUACCAGUUCAGGGUGAGGGCUUUCUCCAAGGUGCCAGGGAAGUGGAGUAAGUUUGUACAAGCCAGGACACGUGGAGACGGAUUCUCAAGCUAUAUUCCCACCACUCAGCAAGUUGGACGGCCAAAGGCUGAGGAUCAUCAGCUUCUUUGGGCUGUGGUUGGGUCAGUGGCUGUGACCUGUGUGACCAUCCUUCUGGCCCUUUUAAUUCUCUUCUACAUUCGUAAAUCUGUCCUUAAACGAAAACGGACAUUUACCUAUCAGUCUGGAUCGGGAGAAGAGACUAUCUUACAGUUCAACUCGGGGACUCUCACACUGACCCGGCGACCAAAGCCUUCUCCAGAGCCCCUCACCUAUCCCAUACUGGAGUGGGAGGACAUUAAGUUUGAGGAUGUCAUUGGAGAAGGGAACUUUGGUCAGGUCAUCAAGGCCAUGGUCAAAAAAGAUGGCAUAAAAAUGAGUGCUGCAAUUAAAAUGCUCAAGGAGUUUGCCUCAGAGAAUGACCAUCGAGACUUUGCUGGUGAACUAGAAGUGCUGUGCAAAUUGGGACAGCAUCCAAACAUAAUUAAUCUAAUCGGUGCCUGUGAAAACAGAGGCUACCUUUACAUUGCCAUUGAAUAUGCACCUUACGGAAACCUUUUGGACUUCUUAAGAAAGAGUCGUGUCCUAGAGACUGAUCCUGCCUUUGCAAAAGAGCAUGGAACUGCCUCCACACUCACCUCCCAGCAGCUCUUGCAGUUUGCUGCUGAUGUAGCAACCGGCAUGCAUUACCUUAGUGACAAACAGUUCAUUCACAGAGAUUUGGCAGCCAGAAAUGUACUCGUGGGAGAAAGCCUAGUGGCUAAAAUCGCAGAUUUUGGCCUCUCGCGUGGCGAGGAGGUGUAUGUGAAAAAGACCAUGGGAAGACUGCCUGUGCGAUGGAUGGCUAUGGAGUCACUAAACUACAGUGUCUACACCACAAAGAGUGAUGUGUGGUCUUUUGGAGUUCUUCUGUGGGAAAUUGUAAGUUUAGGUGGGACUCCAUACUGUGGGAUGACCUGUGCUGAGCUCUAUGAGAAGCUUCCUCAGGGCUACAGAAUGGAGCAGCCUAGGAACUGUGAUGAUGAAGUGUAUGAACUUAUGAGGCAGUGUUGGCGAGAUAGACCCUACGAGCGACCGCCAUUUUCACAAAUAUCUGUCCAGCUCAAUAGGAUGCAAGAGGCACGGAAGGCCUAUGUCAAUAUGGCUCUCUUUGAGAACUUCACUUAUGCUGGAAUAGAUGCUACAGCUGAAGAGGCCUGACUACCAGCCCCCCCAGACCCAAGAAGGGUUCAUAACCCAAGGGAGGCUCAUCACAGUAGGGCUUUGCGCUACUGUCACUCCCCUGUGGCCAGGUUCCAUCGUUCAAAGAGACACUCCACCAAGACCACAUGGCUAUAGAGAACAGACUGUGAAAGGACACUCUUAUGACUCUAGAUUCUGUAAGGAUUCAUAUCUCAGGACAUGCUGGAUUACUCAAGAGGAAAUGGAACCUACAAUAUAAGCUACAGAUGUAGCACACUGGGUCUGUGGGGAUCUGGACCAUGCGUUGAACUCUUUUUCCAUCUUUUAUUGGGAGAAUCAUUGUGUGAGGUUGUUGAAAUGGACAUACAUCAAAUGCAGUUCAUUCCGUGGACAAAAACGCCAGUAAUAUUCAAUGUAGCACUUGAGAAAGCGAUGUAUUGUCCUUAUUGAAACUCAU